CCCCCCCCCCCCCCAAUUCCUCCAAUUCCUGCAAUUCGCUUCCCCCCUCUUCGUUUCCCCCCUGGUUCUUCGGUCCACGCCCAAGUGGACGCCGUCAUCACGUCUUCCCCUCGGGUCCGCGGUUUUGUUUUGCUUUCGAUCCCUCUCCGCUUUCAUCGCUCCGCAGCUGGUCCUGCUUCCUGUUUGGCGUCGCGCAUCAGCUGCUCCCCCUCCUCCUUGUCCUUCGCCUCGCUUGCUCCCUCGUCCCCGCCUCCCCUCUUCUUCCUCUCUCGCCGCGCCUACUCCAGCAAGAAGAAGAAAUCCAAAAUGCCUCCCAAGAAAGCCGUCGUUCAAGAAAAGGUCCUUCUGGGCCGUCCAGGAAAUAACCUGAAGAGUGGUAUCGUUGGUCUCGCCAACGUCGGCAAGUCCACGCUCUUCCAGGCCAUUACCAAGUCGUCGCUUGGUAACCCCGCCAACUUCCCCUAUGCCACCAUUGAUCCCGAGGAGGCGCGUGUCGUUGUUCCCGACGACCGCUUCGACUGGUUCUGCGAGCACUACAAGCCCAAGUCCCAGGUCCCCGCCAACUUGACCGUCUAUGAUAUCGCCGGUCUGACCCGUGGUGCCUCCACCGGUGCUGGUCUGGGUAACGCUUUCUUGUCCCACAUCCGUGCCGUCGACGCCAUCUUCCAGGUCGUUCGCUGCUUCGAUGAUGCCGAGAUUAUCCACGUCGAGGGCGAUGUCGACCCUGUCCGUGAUCUGACCAUCAUCAGCGAGGAGCUGCGCAUCAAGGAUAUCGAGUUCGUCGAGAAGGCGCUCGAGAGCUUGGGUAAGCAGACCAAGCGUGGUGGUCAGACUCUGGAGAUGAAGAAGCUCCGCGAGGAGGAGGCCACCGUUGCCAAGGUGCUCGAGUGGCUGAAGGAUGGCAAGGAUGUCCGCAAGGGCGACUGGGCUCCUAAGGAGGUUGAAACCAUCAACCCUCUCCAGCUGCUCACCGCCAAGCCGGUUGUCUACCUGGUGAACCUCAGUGAGAAGGACUACAUCCGCCAGAAGAACAAGUACCUGCCCAAGGUGUUUGAGUGGAUCAAGACCAACUCUACUGGCGACCCGCUGAUCCCCAUCUCCGUGUCGUUCGAGGAGCGCCUGACGCGCUUCGAGGACGAGGCGGCUGCUCUGGAGGAGUGCAAGUCCCUGAACACCAAGUCGGCUCUGCCCAAGGUGAUCACCACCAUGCGUCAGGUGCUGAACCUGGCCAGUUUCUUCACCACCGGUACCGAUGAAGUGCGCCAGUGGACCAUCCGUAAGGGCGUGAAGGCCCCGGGUGCUGCUGGUGUCAUCCACACCGACUUCGAGAAGACCUUUAUCCAGGCCGUUGUGUACAACUACACUACUCUGCGUGAGUACGGCGAUGAAGCUGCCGUGAAGGCUGCUGGAAAGGUCAUGACGAAGGGUAAGGACUACGUGGUUGAGGAUGGUGAUGUGUUGUUGAUCAAGGCGGGUGCUGCCCGUGCCAGCACCAUGUUCAAGAAAGAUAUCCCCCCGAGCAACCGCUCAAAAGUCAAAUCCUCCGUGCAGCGCGGUCUCCGCCAACGGUUCCUAGAAACCUAUCCUGGAUUCGAACCCUACAUUGAAGAAGUCCUACCCAAGAAAGCUCAGUUGGAUGCCGUGAAGCUUCCCGAAAGAGCAACCCUCUACACCAUCUCCAACACCAACACCCCCCUAUUCUACCAACCCAUGGACGGGCCCCCAAUCCCGCACCUCAAGCUCAUCCACGCCUACCCGGACGCACUACCAACCGUGCAGAUCGACCGGGGCGCAAUUCGCUUCGUGCUUUCGGGGGCGGCGCUCAUGGCGCCUGGAUUGACGAGUGCGGGGGGGAAGUUACCGGAUGCUGAGAAUGCGGUGGAGGCGGGACAGGUGGUUGCGGUGAAGGCUGAGGGGAAGGAGACGGUUUGUUUGGUGGGGGUGUUGAAGGUGGGUACCGAGGAGAUUAAGGCCCAGGGGAAGGGGGUGGUUAUGGAUGAGGGGCAUUAUUUGGGGGAUGGGUUGUGGAGGUUCAAUCUUGAUUGAUUAGGUGAGUUAUUGGG